AUGUCAGCUGUGGGUGAAUUUGAAUCGAUUUUGAAAGAGUUGCUGACUCUAAAGGCCCCAGGCGUGUCAGGUACUCGUAUCAAGAAAUUGACCGACAUCGCGGUUAAAAACGUAUCUGAAGAGUCUAAAAUCGUCCCCGCAUUAUACGCAAGCUGUAAAGCUACUCCCUCGUCGCACAAGUUGGGAGCUUUGUAUGUUGUUGACUCCAUCGUCAGGGUUUACAUGGAUGAGGCAAAAAAGAGAAACGAAGUCAUCAACGCACAAGCUCCCGAGGGAACUUUUGCGGCAGGCGUUUUUAAGAUCAGCGAGUUAGUUGAAUCUCUUAUUGACGACGCCAUGGAAUUGCUGAUUAUCCCAUCAACUAACAUAAAAAUCGGGAAGUUGGUGGAUAUCUGGGAGCGUGCCCAGACCUUCAGCCCUGAAACGAUAAAGAAAAUUAGAGAUAAACACUUUCGCUCAACUACUCCUCCUGGAACUCCGCCAGGAAAAAAGGCAGAUCUCGCAUCUGCUUCUGUAUCUUCUGGGGCUGAUGCUCCAAAGCCAACCUCGGAUUCAGGAAGUAUUCUUCUGGCUCUUGCUUCUUUGGCAAAGUCCAAUGAUACCCCUACUCCACCAGCGGCUGCAUCUCCUGCUCCCCAGAAAGAUGCUGCAGCAAACAAUGCGACGAAUAUUUUGUCACAGUUAUCAGUAUUAGCGGGUGGUUCGUCCGGUUCUGCUGUAGCGCUGCCUUCCCCUCCUACACUGCAAACACAACCUCAACAGAAUCAACCAAAUAAAGAGUAUAUUUUCAACAUGUUGCAGCAAAUGCAGGGAAACAAUGGUCAAAAUGGUCCGCCUGCGCCUAACAUGCCUCAAAUGCCUCAAAUGCCACAAGGUAUGCCACAGGGAAUGCCACAGGGUAUGUCUCAAGGUAUGCCACAGGGUAUGCCUCAAGGUAUGCCUCAAAUCCCACAAAUGCAUCAAAUGCAAGGUAUGCAAGGAAUGCAAGGUAUGCCAGGUAUGCAAGGUAUGCAAGGAAUGCAAGGAAUGCAAGGUAUGCCAGGCAUGCCAGGUAUGCAAGGUAUGCAGGGUAUGCAUCCACAACGUGGUGGAUACAAUAACGGCCCAGGCAACUUUAACGACAGAAGAGGUCGUGAUGAUGUUGGUGGUUACUCUAGAAGAAACCGCUCUAGAUCUCCUUCAGGUCGCCAUGGCAGAGGCCAUGACAAUUAUGGUUCGCCUCACGAAGAGAAAAAGUCAUUGUCUCAAGGAUAUAACGCUAGCGAGGGUGAAAUGAAUGUCCCUGGGGCACCUCAUUUCCGUCCUCGUAAUGUUGGUUUCGAUAGCACAUUGCCUCAAGGCUCUUUCAAAGUCAUGUCAAGAACAUUGUUUAUCGGUGGUGUUCCACGCGGCAUGGAUGAAAAGCAACUUGCAUCUCACUUAAGACCUUACGCAGAAGUGCAAUCAGUUAUUUUGAAUAGUGAAAGGAAACACGCUUUCGUUAAAGUUUACUCGAGAAAGGAAGCCGAACAAGUUAUCCAGUCAUUCAACAAAGAUGGUGCUUUGCCAUUGAGAACGAGAUGGGGUGUCGGUUUUGGCCCAAGAGACUGUUGCAACUACCAACACGGUGUUUCCAUUGUUCCUAUACAACGUUUGACAGAUGCCGACAGAGCAUGGGUCGUCCAGGCACAAUGGGGUGGUACUGGAGGACAACCAUUACAAAGUGGAUUAGUUAUUGACGAGCCCGAUAUCGAAAUUGGAACCGGUAUUUCGUCAAAGGCAAUGUCUAAGAAGAUGCCAACCAACUCAGCCAGAAAUGGACCAAAGUCAAACAGACCAGGAGAGCCAGAUGAACAGUUUGUCAAGGCCACCAUGGCUAGUGGACAGCAAGAUUUCUUAGCUUAUGGCCAAGGUGCUGCCAAUCCAUUAAGUGGUUUGUUCAACAACAGUAAUAAUAACAAUAACAACAAUGCUCCUCCACCACAAGGAUACCCAGGACAAAUGCCACAAAACAAUUCACUUCCGAACUUCCCUCCAAACUAUGGAGGUCAAAAUGGCAACUUGAGUGCCCAAUUGGCGAACUUUUUCCUGAAUGGCCAGCAACGCUAA